GAGGCGCAGGAUGGAGGUGGUGAGUGUUGUUGGCUAGUGGCUCGGAAACCGUCGCUCUCUCUCUCCGUCUCCCUCCCUGCAGUUCUGUCUUGGAAACAAGCCGUGGCAGCCCUGCUACGUCAUGAGGAUGAACCACACUACAAUCAUGCUGGAUUGUAGCCUCGAUCUUCCUGUUCUCCUGAACUUUCUUCCCCUACCACUUGUCUACAGCCCUAAGCUAUCUGGUCUACCGAGAUGGCAGUGCAAAGACCCUAGCAUUGCAGUGGAUCUGCCGGAAGACAUAGCUAGACUGUUCCGUGAGAAUGUUGGCCACGUCUUCAUUGAGUCUCUCCCUCUAUUUCGACUCCCCGAGACUGGACUUGUGGAUCUUUCAACAGUCGAUGCUCUCCUUCUCUCUAACUGCUUCUCAGCUCUGGCUCUUCCGUUCCUUAUUGAAAAGUAUGGCUUCAGUGGAAAGAUCUUUGCCACAAAACCGACAGUUACAUUCACAAAGCAGUUGAUGGAGGAGCUCUCUCACUAUAUCUAUCGAGCACCUCCUACAGAUCACAGCGCACAGUGGAAGAAUGACUCACUAUGGAGCUCUCUACCAGAUGGGACACUGAAAGAAUCGUCAGAUUUUCACAAUUGGAAGGAACUCUACACAAUGGAAGGUAUCCAGAAAGCUAUCUCAAGAAUACAACCCAUCAGCUACUCUGAAACAAUUGAUUUGUUUCACCACGUGAAAGUGACGGCGCUGAGCUCAGGGUUCUGUCUCGGCAGCUGUAACUGGAUCAUUGAGACUGAAUACAACAAGGUGGCUUACAUAUCGUCGUCGUCGACUUUCACCACUCACCCCUGCCCCAUGGAGCGAGCCAGACUCAAAUCGGCUGACAUACUCAUCAUGAGUGGACUCACCAACGCUCCCUCGGCUAACCCUGACACCAUGCUCGCUGAACUCUGCACCAGAAUGGCCCAAACGCUAAAGAACGGAGGAAACGUUCUCAUUCCCUGCUAUCCAACCGGAGUUCUAUACGACCUACUGGAGUGCCUCAAGGCAUACCUGGAUUCUGCAAAUCUGAGUAACGUCCCUGUCUACUUCAUCUCCCCUGUGGCCAAAAGCUCUCUCUCCUUCUCAAACAUCUUUGCCGAAUGGUUGUGUGAUGCUAAAAAGACCAAAGUGUACCUGCCUGAGCAGCCCUUCCCCCAUGCAGAGGUAAGAGGCAGCUAUGGUGUGAUGGCAAUGAGGGUACCGGCACAGUUAAAAGAAUACCGAAAGACUAUAGCAUGGUUGUGUGUAGCUCAGAGGUUUUCAGAGUAACUUUCAUGGAUUGCUAUGUAAGUCCCCGUUCACAUGAUUUUAUGAAUGGCUUGGAUCUUAAGUAAAUACUUACGUAUAGCUAUACUCUCCCAAUUUCUCAAUAAACUGAACUGCAGUUCAUCAAGAGCGGAAGACUUCGUCAUUUCCCAAACAUUCACGGUGAUCUGGGGAGUGUGUAUCAGACUCCCUGUGUGGUGUUCACGGGUCAUCCAUCGUUGCGGUGUGGAGACUCAGUCCACUUCAUGGAGGCCUGGGGCGGGUCUUCAAAAAACGCCGUCAUUUUCACUGAGCCAGACUUUGAAUAUCUUCAUGCUCUGGCACCAUACCAACCUUUACACAUGAAGGCGUACUACUUUCCCAUUGACCCACGACUAAAUUUCUUUGUAGCCAACAAACUUCUCAAUGAGUUUGCUCCUAGAUGUUUGGUGACCGCCGACAGCUACUUGCCUUCUGCAGCUCAUUCACAGAAAGAAAACGUUUGCUUGCAGCCAGAGAUGCAAUACUAUGGUCUAACACGAGGCAGAGCUGUCACAAUCCCGCUGGAUGGAAAGUUCCAGAAAAUAAUGCUCGACCCAGAACUGGCAAGCAAGCUGCUGCCUCAAGAGAUAUUCCCCGGAGUGUCGGUGACGUCAGUGCUGGGACUGCUGAGCUCUCGCAACAACCAGCACACCCUCGCACCACUCCCUCCUCACCACAGACCCCACACUGUGGGCAAACUGCUGUGGGGGGAGCUGAGUAUUGAGGCCUUCGUACAGGCCCUGAGAGACCAGCAUGGGAUAGUGGAUGUUGUAAUAGAGGGAACAGAGGAGGCUAAAACUCUCAAUAUUUUGGGUGGGAAAGCUACAGUUCUGAUAUCUCCUGAGAAGACUACUAUAAGAGACUGUGCAGAUGACAAACUGAGGGCCAUUCUGAGAGACCUUGUAUUCCGUCUACUAGUUCAGGUGUAGGCUUUAUAUAUUUUUUGUCUGGUGUAAUGAUGGUUUGUGGAGGGGCA